AUGGGUAGUAGACGUCAUAAAAAUAAGCAAGCCGCUCCACCAACCCUGGAGGAGUUUCAGGCAAGAAAAGAUAAGAAGGCUAACAGAAAGUUAGAGAAGGGAAAGAGAUCUUCUUCCACUCAAGGCGAUGAAGCUUCAGAUAGAAAGAGAAAGAGAUCAAAACCAUUCAAGAAAUCUAGAAAAGAAGAAGAAGAAGUUGUGGAAGAGGACAAGGACUUGCCAGAUGUCGAUCUUGAAGAAUUGUCAAAAGCCAGAAAAUCAUUAUUUGACGAUGAAGAAGAUGACGAUGAAGCAGGAUUAGUGGAUGAAGAACUAAAAGACGAAUUCGAUUUGGAACAAGAAUAUGACUAUGACGAAGAUGAAGACAAUGACGCUCAUCCAAUUUUCUCAGAUGACGAUGAUGAGGCGGAUCUCGAAGAAUUGAAUGCACAAAACAUGGAAGCUCUUUCUAAGAAACUGGAUGAAGAAGAGGCCGAAGAAGCUGAAGAAGCUGAAAUGGAAUUGGUGGAAGCGGAUAACAUGCAACCAAGAGCGGAUAUCUUGCCUACUGAAGAACAAGAGGAAAUGAUGGCACAAGAAGCUCCUAAUUUAACCUCUACAAGAACAAGAAUGAUUGAAAUUGUCAAGGUUUUGGAAAACUUUAAGACUCUUGGAUCCGAAGGCAGAUCAAGAGGAGAAUAUGUUGACAGACUUUUAAAGGAUAUUUGCGAAUACUUUGGCUACACGCCUUUUUUGGCCGAAAAGUUAUUCAACCUAUUCUCACCAGCAGAAGCGAUGGAAUUUUUUGAAGCCAAUGAAAUUGCGAGACCAAUCACUAUUAGAACUAACACAUUGAAGACUAGAAGAAGAGAUUUAGCACAGACUCUUGUCAAUAGAGGUGUUAAUCUUCAACCUAUUGGUUCUUGGACCAAGGUUGGUCUACAAAUUUUUGAUUCCCAGGUACCAAUUGGUGCCACUCCUGAGUACUUGGCAGGUCAUUAUAUUUUACAAGCGGCAUCUUCUUUUUUACCAGUCAUUGCCCUGGAUCCUCAUGAGAAUGAACGCAUCUUAGAUAUGGCAGCUGCUCCAGGUGGUAAGACCACUUACAUAUCGGCCAUGAUGAAAAACACAGGAUGUGUUUUCGCUAACGAUGCCAAUAAAUCAAGAACCAAAUCUUUAAUUGCUAACAUCCACCGUCUAGGCUGUACCAACACUAUUGUAUGUAAUUACGAUGCCCGCGAAUUUCCUAAAGUAAUUGGUGGUUUCGACAGAAUUUUAUUGGAUGCCCCAUGUUCAGGUACUGGUGUUAUCGGUAAGGAUCAAUCUGUCAAGGUGUCUCGUACUGAAAAGGAUUUUAUUCAGAUCCCCCAUCUACAAAAACAAUUGCUUUUAUCAGCUAUUGAUUCUGUUGACUGCAACUCAAAACAUGGUGGUGUGAUAGUGUAUUCAACAUGUUCCGUUGCCGUCGAAGAAGACGAAGCUGUGAUAGAUUAUGCAUUGAGGAAAAGACCUAACGUCAAGUUAGUGGAAACUGGUUUAGCUAUUGGGAAAGAAGCGUUUACUAGUUACAGAGGUAAAAAUUUCCAUCCCAGCGUGAAAUUAGCAAGGAGAUAUUAUCCGCACACUUAUAAUGUCGAUGGUUUCUUUGUAGCCAAAUUUCAAAAGAUCGGUCCAUCUUCAUUUGAUGAUAACCAAGCAAGUGCCAAAGAAAAAGAAAGUGCCGCUAGAAAGGAAGCUUUAGAAGAAGGUAUUAUUCACUCUGACUUUGCUACCUUUGAAGACGAAGAGGACGAAAAGUACAUUGAGAAAUCUGUGAGAAACAACCUUUUGAAAAAGGGUGUUAAUCCAAGAGCUAAAAAACCUUCCAACGACCAAUAA